UCUUGCACUGGACCGGCCAACACUUGGUCUCUACUACUUACAUCUACAUUUUCCAUACAGUACAUAGGUAGGACCUGGGUACGACUAUUAACUCUUCAUCUUCGGCUGGCUCAGGGUCGUCUCAUCUAGAUUGGAAGCCAAAGCAAACAUCCUAGUCCUCGCCCGAACGCUAAUAAUCUCGUCCGCCCACUCACGCUCUCUUCUCCCUUCCAAGCUUCGGUUCUUCCACACUCAUACAACCCGCCACACCAACAACAGCUCUCGCUGGUCACAACGCAUCCUUCGCCCUCACGUAUCCAGAUAGUCCUGGUACGUCAAGCGAAUUGAGCACCUACAGCAACAUUGCCAUUGUCGGUCACCGAAUCUCGACAAGUUACCACCUUGCCUGGCAUGGAUCGAGAAACAAUCAUCGCCGCUUCUAAGAAGCACGACAUCGUAGCGGGCAGGGUUUACAAGUAUGGCACUGCUGGCUUUCGCAUGAGCGCAGAUCUUCUCGAUGGCGUUACUUUCCGUGUUGGUCUCCUAGCUGCCUUGCGUAGUCGGAAACAUAAUGGCCAGGCCAUUGGUGUCAUGGUCACUGCGAGUCACAACCCCGCUGUUGAUAACGGUGUCAAGAUUGUCGAUCCUCUGGGAGACAUGCUUGAACAGGAGUGGGAGGCAUAUGCCACAAACUUGGUCAAUGCCCCAAGCCAUGAAGAGCUCGUUGACUACUUCCUCAAACUCGCCGAAACCUUGAAGAUCGACUUGGCAACCCCGGGCAAGGUUAUCGCCGGAAGAGACACCCGACCCUCAGGGAUUACCCUCAUCACUGCUCUUGCCGACUCCCUUGCUGCCACGAAUACCACAUUCGACGACUACAAGAUCCUAACUACGCCACAACUGCAUUACCUGACUCGCUGUGUGAAUACCGCUGGCACACCAGGCGCCUAUGGAGAAAUUAGCGAAGCGGGAUACUACAACAAGCUUCUAGAGGCUUUCGACCGCGCUCUACGUGGUCGUAAGGUCUCGGGCGGCUUGACUGUCGACUGUGCUAACGGUGUUGGUGGUCCCAAGCUGAAUGAGCUUCUGAAACGCCUUGAUAUCCAGAAGACGGGCUUGAAGGUAAAAGUAGUCAAUGAUGAUGUGCUCCGACCGGAGAUCUUGAACCUUGACUGCGGUGCCGAUUUUGUUAAGACUAGACAACGUGCACCACCUAACCCCAAGCCAGCUCCCGGCGAGCGAUGGUGCUCACUCGAUGGUGAUGCCGAUCGCCUCAUCUACUACUGGGUCGAUCCUGAGACAGGCUUCUUCAUGUUGGAUGGAGACCGCAUCGCAACACUUGCCGCUUCAUUCAUUGCUGAUCUUUCAAGAAGUGCAGGCAUUGAUAAUCAAUUAAGAAUUGGAGUCAUCCAGACGGCGUAUGCCAAUGGUGCUAGCACCAAAUAUGUUGAACAGCAUCUGCAGCUUCCUGUUGUUUGCACACCCACUGGCGUCAAGCAUCUUCAUCAUGCUGCCUGUUCCUUCGAUAUUGGCGUUUACUUUGAAGCUAAUGGUCAUGGCACUGUCCUCUUCUCGUCGACCGCGGUCCAGACUUUCAAGACAAAGGAACCCCAGUCACCCGCCCAGAAGGAUGCUCUGGAAACUCUCAGCGCUCUAGCAGAUCUUAUUAACCAAACUGUUGGAGAUGCCAUCUCCGAUAUGCUCAUGGUAGAGGUCAUCUUGGCACACAAAGGGUGGACAAUGAAGGAUUGGGCCUUGACAUACAAAGACCUCCCCAACAGACUGGUCCGCGUAGAGGUUGGCAACAAGGACCUCUUCCAGACUACGGACGCGGAACGGAAACUCAGCCACCCAGUGGGAUGCCAGGAUGAGAUUGAUAGAGAGGUCAAGAAGUACACUACUGGUCGCUCUUUUGCCCGUGCUAGUGGCACAGAGAAUGCCUGCCGGGUGUACGCAGAAGCCGCGACUAGGUCAGAAGCUGACGAGCUCGCGAAUAAAGUUGCUGUCAUCGUGAGACAGUAUGGUGGUAACUGAAAUGGACUUUUCUUUUGAAAUAGGGGAAUACGGAGUCAGGUCAAAACACUGGGGUUGAUGAUAGUAACGAGCUAUGACUGCGAAAAGUUGAUCUGAAUUGGCGUCAAUUCAGCGUAUUUGCCUAGAGCCGGGGGGUUUAUGUCAAUACUUAUUGAAAAAUAACGUUUAGUUAUUCUUGUUUUAGUUUUCGCGAUGGAAUCCAGCAAAAUAAUAAAUCAUUUUUCUGAUUUCCCCAACUA